UAGAAUAAAGACAUAGAGAAGGGUUGUUGCAUGUGACGUGAGAAACAGCCCCAAGCCAAAACCCAAACCAACCAAACUACGCUUACUAAUUCAACACCUUUCCAUUUCUCUAUGCAAACUGUUACUCAACAAAGAACAAACCCAAACCACCAUUCUGUGCGCCAAUGGAGACACCAAGUGCAUUGUGGGACAACUGGGUCGGAGAGGCACUUGCAACCCUUGACUCACUCAAGGUCGUUCGAUCUCUGAGACCCAUUUUCCUCCGCAAGGAGAAACACCGAGUGCCCAUUGAGAAUGUAUCAGAGUCUCUGCAACUUGGGGUGAACGAAGGUGCAUUCGAGGUGUUCGAUGAAAUGCAGCAAUGGGACCGGUCUUCUGUUGAAGUGGAGAUUGGUGAAACCACGUUUCAUAGAUGGAUGCAUGACACCCCAAGUUCUGGUGAUGAGAUUGUUUAUAGUGCAGUUGCUGAUGAUGAUGAACCAGGGGCAUAUCAUGAGAAGUUUAAAAAGUUGAUUUUGUUUUCUGGAAAUGAUUAUCUAGGCUUGAGUUCCCAUCCAACUAUUGGAAGAGCUGCUGCAAAGGCAGCCCAAGAACAUGGAAUGGGACCAAGGGGUUCUGCUCUUAUUUGUGGAUAUACCAAUUAUCAUAGGCUGCUAGAAUCUAGCCUGGCAGAUUUGAAGAAGAAAGAGGAUUGCCUUCUUUGUCCCACAGGGUUUGCUGCCAAUAUGGCCUUGAUGACAGCAAUAGGAAGUAUUGGUUCUCUCUUAGCUGGGAAUAGCAUACCUUCAGAGGAUGAAAAGAUUGCUGUCUUUUCGGAUGUAUUGAACCAUGCAUCAAUAAUUGAUGGUAUCCGUCUUGCUGAGCGGCAAAAAAGUGUAAAGGUCUACAUUUAUAGACAUUGUGACAUGUCCCACCUCAAUACGCUCUUAUCAAAUUGCAGAAUGAGGAGGAAAGUUGUGGUGACUGACAGCUUGUUUAGCAUGGAUGGAGACUACGCACCAAUGGUUGAGCUUGCAGAACUUCGCAAGAAGCAUGGGUUUUUGUUAGUCAUUGAUGAUGCUCAUGGAACAUUUGUUUGUGGUCAAAAUGGUGGUGGUGUUGCUGAGGAGUUCAACUGUGAAAAGGAUGUGGACAUAUGCAUUGGUACACUAAGUAAAGCUGCAGGUUGUCAUGGAGGAUUUAUAGCAUGCAGCAAAAGGUGGAAGCUCUUAAUACAGUCAAGAGGUCGUUCAUUUAUAUUUUCAACUGCUACCCCAGUUCCAGUUGCUGCUGCUGCUCAUGCUGCUGUUAAAGUGGCGAAACUUGAGACAUGGCGCAGAAAGGCUAUUUGGAACCGGGUGAAAGACUUUCAUUUGCUCACAGGAAUCCCUGUUACAAGUCCCAUUAUAUCCCUAAUCGUAGGCAGUGAAGACAAAGCACUGCAAGCAAGCCGGUAUUUAUUGCAAUCUGGCUUCCACGUGACUGCAAUCAGACCACCAACCGUGCCUCCUAACUCAUGCAGGCUGCGUGUAGCCCUGAGCGCAGUUCAUACAAGGGAAGAUUUGGAAAACCUAGCAGCUGCACUCUCCCGUUGCAUCAAUUUCAAAGACACCCGUAUAUAUAGCUGCAAUGGCUAUGCAAGACUGUAGCUUUGAUUCUUUCAGAAUGAAUUGCAUCAAUGUGACUCACUAUACCUGAAAUAAGUACACACCAUUAGUACCUUUAUUAGCAGUUCGAGUCAAUUGAAUUUCAUUUAGAGUGGUUGCUUGUUCCUUCAUCGAAAGCCAAAAUGGGAAGCUAUUUUGUCAACAUUUAGAUAAAUAUUGUUAAAUAAUGAUAAUUGGAUGUAUUAAU